ACCAAAUUUAAAUGCUUAUAGUUAACAUCAAUAUAUUAUAAACUCCCCAAAUCUUCCCUACCUCGGGAUACGACCCGUCGUAUAAAGCAAAGCAUAUUCACGAUCAUUCCCGACAACAACAACCAAAAACAAAAACAUAAAACUCUCUCUAGCUAGCUCAAUAACAAUGGGUUUGCUCCCAUGUUCUUGUCCAUUGCCUUGCAAUAAAACAAGAUCAGAAUGUCAAAUGAAAUAUCCUGAUAUCCAAUCAGAAGCCUCCACGUCAUCGACGCUCUUGUCUCAGCCAAGUCUCCCAUCAAUUCCUUCACUGUCUUCUCUACCACAGAGCUAUAACGUUGAUCACCAGUGCUUAGCUACACUCAAAGGUCACUCCUCAUACGUCUCUUCUCUCGCUCUCUCCGAGACAUCGCUCUUCACCGGCUCUUCCAACAGCGAGAUACGUGUAUGGCCUCGUGAACCGCCGGAAUAUUCCACCGGUAACAUAGUUGGCGCCGGAAACGGAGGGGUUAAAUCUUUGGUGAUUCUCGGAGACAAGCUAAUAAGCGCUCAUCAGGAUCACAAGAUUCGUGUAUGGAAGAUCGUCGACGAAAGUAGCCGAAGAGAUCAAAAGUAUAAAUGCGUGGCGACUCUUCCGACGGUGAACGACCGUUUUACGAGUCUCUUCAGUCAGAAAAGCUACGUUGAAGUCCGACGGCACAAGAAGUGCACGUGGGUUCAUCACGUGGACGCCGUGUCAUCUCUGGCCGUGUCACAAGACGGCUCUCUGCUUUACUCUGCUUCGUGGGACCGGAGUUUCAAGAUAUGGAGAACGUCCGAUUUCAAAUGCUUAGAGUCUACCGAAAAAGCUCACGACGACGCGAUAAACGCUAUCGUGGUGUCUCGAGACGGGUUUGUCUACACUGGUUCGGCAGAUAAGAAGAUCAAAGUGUGGAACAAAAAGGACGACAUGAGACAGUACUCUCUGGUCGCUACUCUUACGAAGCAUCUCUCCGCGGUGAACGCGUUAGCGGUUAGUGAAGACGGGAAGGUUCUUUACUCAGGAGCGUGCGAUAGAUCGAUUCUUGUUUGGGAGAGAGUAAGCAACGGAGGUGAUGAGGAAGUACAUAUGUCUGUGGUUGGAGCUUUAAGGGGACACACGAAGGCGAUUCUGUGUUUAGCGGUUGCGUCUGAUUUGGUUUUGAGUGGAUCAGCAGAUAAGAGCUUGAGGGUUUGGAAGAGAGGAUUAAUGGAAAAAGAUGGAUAUUCUUGUUUGGCGGUUUUGGAAGGACACACCAAGCCUGUUAAGUGUUUGGCCGUCUCGGUUUCUGCUUCUGAUUCUAAUUCUGGUUAUUCUUGUAUGGUUUAUAGUGGAAGUCUUGAUCUUUCUGUUAAGGUUUGGAAGUUAAGGGUCUCAUCUGUUUAA